AUGGCAACAAAUCUCCCGUCGUUUCCAGCAUUCGAUAUCACCCAAGAUCAAGGAGCUUUAGGCCCUCGGUGGAAGAAAUACAUCGCUAGAUUUAGAAAUCUCGUCGUAGCGCUGAACAUUAACGACAAGAAGCGUCAAAGAGCUUUGCUGUUACACUACGCUGGCGAGCAUGUUAACGACAUUUUUGACACGCUUCCUGACACAACAGCUACUGACGAUGAAAACCCAUUCGAAAAGGCAGUAGAGGCCCUUACAGCGUACUUCACACCGAAGAAAAACGUAGUAUACGAAGAGUAUCAGUUCAGGCAAGCCAAACAAGAACAAGGUGAGAAGUUUAUGGCAUUUUAUACUCGCCUGAAGCAACUUUCGCAGACUUGUGAGUUCACUGACCCUGACCGUGAAAUAAAGUCUCAAUUAAUUCAGCAAUGCAUAUCAUCAAAGCUGAGACGGAAAGCCCUUAGCGAGCCUGAAAUCGCCCUUCAGAGUUUACUUGAUUACGGGAAAACUCUAGAACUAACAGAAACUCAAGUUGCAGACUUGGAAAGUCAAACGAGGGAGAAAGCAGAAGACGUGACUAAACUUAGCCAAUAUAAGAAAUCCAAUAAUCGAUGGAAGACUUCGAAUCGUGGGUAUGCUAAGACCAGAAAGGAGUAUAAGAACAGUGGACCCUCUGGAUCUAACUCAAAUAUCUCGAAAUGUCGGAAUUGUGGUGGAACGUUUCCGCACAAGGGUGGCAAGACCGCUUGUCCAGCGUACCAGAAGGAGUGUCACAACUGUGGCAAGCGUGGUCACUUUAUGUCUGUUUGUCGAAGUGAAUCGAAGCAAAAAUUGCCGUCCAGACAAAGAGAAAGAUUAGCAGCUUUUGGCGAACAGCUCAGCGAUAGUGAGGAUGACGAAAACACGUUUUGGCUGAAUGUCCAUAGUGUCAGUGGUCAGCGAGAAGCAAAACACCCCAUGUUUAGAGUGAACGUUAGAGGCGUAUGGUUGACCCUGAUGGCUGACUCCGGGUCUAGCAUCAAUAUCCUUGAUGAGAAUGAUUUCGAGAAACUUGGGGACCGUCCUGAACUCGAACAGACCUCUACUCGUGUCUAUCCGUAUAAGUCGAACAGACCCCUGAAGAUGAUUGGGCAGUUCGAGACAAUCCUGAAAACCGAACGUGGAGCAACGUCGCGAGAAGUCAUGUAUGUCACACAAGGAGCAGGCGGAUCACUUUUGAGUUGGCAAGCGUCUCAAAAACUCGGUUUGAUCUCCACUGUACGACCAUUGGAAAUGAAACGAGUCCCAAGAAAGGGGACCCAGCGUCUGGUAGAAGAGUAUGGAGACCUAUUUACUGGCCUUGGAAAGCUGAAAGGUUAUCAAGUUCAACUACAUAUUGAUGACAGCAUUCAACCCUCCGCCCAACCGCAUCGACGCGUUCCAUUCCAUGUCAGAAAACAACUCGAAGAGCAGCUAGAAGAAGACGAAAAGAACGGUGUCAUCGAGCGCGUAGAAGGCCCAACUCCGUGGGUGUCACCAGUAGUCGUAGCGCCAAAGCCUAAACAGCCUGGAAAGAUCCGAAUGUGUGUCGACAUGAGGCAAGCGAACAAGGCCAUACAACGUGAGCGUCACAUAACACCAACCAUUAAAGAAGUGAUUGGAGAUCUAAACGGAGCGACUGUGUUUAGCAAGCUGGACUUGAAUCAAGGCUAUAACCAGUUAGAACUUGCGCCUGAAUCACGAUACAUAACGACCUUUAGCACACAUGUUGGACUACGAAGAUUUACCCGCCUCAAUUUCGGAAUUUCAAGUGCUGCUGAGAUAUUUCAGAAUGUUAUACGUGAAACACUCCGUGGAAUACAAGGGGCGAUAAACCUCAGUGAUGACAUCCUUGUCUAUGGGAAAACACAAGAGGAUCAUGAUCGAGCCUUAAGAGAAACCUUGCAACGACUUCGGGAAAAAGGAAUCACUCUUCAUCGAAACAAGUGUGUCUUUUCCAAGGACCGGUUGGAGUUCUUCGGAUACAUAUUUUCCGACAAGGGAGUGGCUGCCGACCCCAAGAAGGUGGAGGCUAUUGUUAAUCUUCAACCGCCGUCCAAUGUUGCAGAAGUACGAAGUCUGCUUGGUAUGAGCAAUUAUUGCUCACGUUUCAUUCCCGCGUAUGCAACGCUAACGCAACCAUUACGAGAGCUCACACAGAAGGAUAAGCAAUGGGAGUGGACGGAGACCCAUGAUCGUGCCCUAAACCAGCUCAAGGAUGCCCUGGUGAAAGCGCCUGUAACCGCUUACUUCGAUCCCGAUAAGCCCACCGAGAUCAGUGUUGACGCAAGCCCCGUAGGACUUGGUGCGAUUCUUAUACAGGUUGAUCCUGCGACUGGGGAGAAGCAUGUAGUUGCGUAUGCGAGUAGAUCCCUAUCAUCCGUCGAACAGCGAUACAGCCAAACAGAACGAGAAGCACUGGCUGUUGUUUGGGGGUCCGUACCAAGUGUCAGUCACUUAUGUGAAAGGAGAAGAAAAUCCUGCUGA